UUGCAGCUGUCAAAAUUAUCCUAACAAGAUUUCGUUGUAUUUUUUGUAAUUUUCCCUAUAUUUUAACAUUAUAUAAUUGAAAUCUUAAGAUUAGCAUCGCAAGAUAAUCGGCUCCUAGUACAAUGAUGAAUCCUCAAUAUCCACCUCCAGGGCAGAACAACAAUGCACCGAACAACCCCAUGUUCCCUCCAACGUCUCAGGAUUACAACGGAGUCCAAAACGCCAACAUCUACAGCCAGAUGCCACCGAAUGGCCCUCAGAUGCAACAGAAACAAUUUGACCCACUGGACAUGUCCCAGAAAAUGCAAAACAUGAACUUAAAUGGACCCCAAGGCUUCCCGUCUAUCCCACCUACCCAACUACCCCCUGGCCAGGCGCCACCUGGACAGUAUCCCCCAAGUUUUCCUCCUCAAUCAUCCAACUUUGGUCCACCUCAAGGCAUGCCAGGUAGACCUCCAGUAAGUGGAGCUCCCCAAUUCCCUCCAAUGGGCCAAAAACCCCAAAUGCCUCCAUCGUCAGCGCCAGGACAAGUGCCAACGUCUCUUCCUCCAGGCUACGGAAUGCCUCCUCCAAGUCAAACCCCAGACCAGAAUAGACAGUUUCAGCAGCCCCCAACUUCAAUGCAGCAAAGACCACCAAGUGCUCAACCUAGUCAACCACCGAUGGGUCAACAGCCUGGACCUCAAGGUCCUGGUCAGAUGCCUCCACAUUCCCAACAAGGUCUGCAAGGUCCCGGACAAAUGCCACCAAGCUCUCAACCAGGUCUUCCGCCUCAGCCAGGCAUGGGCAGGCCAGGAAUGCCUCCUCCAGGUGGUCAGCCACCAAAACCUGGAAUGCCCCCACAACCCCAGAUGGGUGGUCCACCCUCCAUGCAACCUGGACAGCAAGGAAUGCCUCAGCAGAUGAACAUGGGUCCUCAACAGCAACAGCAACCUGGCAUGCCACCCCAGCAACCACAGCCUGGUCAGAUGCAGAGGCAACCUGGUAUGCCUCAACAACCAGGCACGAUGUCAGCGCCUCUGCAGCCUGGGCAGCAGCAACAGCAAAGUCAAAUGCCUGGGCAACAGCAACAACCGGGUCAGAUGCCUGGGCAGCAACAACAGCCCGCCCAGAUGCCUGGACCGGGUAAAAUGCCGGGCCCACCACAACCUGGAAUACCACCAAUGCAGCAGGGACCGCCUCAAUCAGGGAUGGGACAAGGAAUGCCGCCACAGUCUGGUCCUAUGGGCCAACCUGGUAUGCCUCCACAGCCCGGUCAAAUGAGUCAACCUGGAAUGCCCCCACAACCUGGCCAACUAAGUCAACCGGGAAUGCCACCACAGCCGGGGCAAUUAAAUCAACCUGGAUUGCCGCCGCAGCCAGGAAUGGGCAUGCCCGGUAUGCCGCCACAGCCAGGCUCUCAACCUGGUUUAGCUCCCCAGUUCCCUCAGCCUGGAAUUCCUCCACAACCGGGUCAAAUGCCACCUCAGCCGGGACAAAUGCCGGGUCAGCCGGGUUUGCCUCCACAGCCUGGGUUCCCUGGACAGGCGCCAACGAUGGGAGGUCUCCCGCACAUGCCGCCCCCGCUCUCGCAGCAGAGACAGUUCCCUGGCCAGCAGCCGCAGCCGGGGUAUGGACAACCUGGACAGCAACCUGGUGCUCAGUAUCCUAACAUGCCACCGCUACCAAACCAGAUGGGUCAGCCCCCCAUGCCGGGACAACAACAGCGUGGCUACCAGCAGCCCCUGUCCGGGUACCCGCCGCAGUUCCCGGGUCAGCAACCUUACCCGGGACAACAGCCGUACCCGGGUCAACAGUACCAACAGCAGCCGGAGCAGAAGAGAUUGGAUCCUGAUCAGAUGCCUAGUCCGAUCCAAGUGAUGGCAGAUGACCAGCAGAACCGCGGCGGCAUCUUCGUGACCAACGAGAAGGGGCUCGUGCCGCCGCUCGCUACCACCGACUUCAUUGUCGACGACAAGGGGAAUGCCAGUCCCCGCUACAUUCGCAGUUCCAUGUACACAGUACCGGUGACAGCUGAUUUGCUCAAACAGACCUCUAUGCCAUUCUGUCUUGUUCUAUCCCCCAUGGCGGAGCCGGUAGGUACAGAGGCACCCCCCCCUCUGCUGGACUUCGCGGCGCUGACGGGGUCGCCGGCGCUGGGCCCCGUGCGCUGCAGCCGCUGCAAGGCGUACAUGUGCCCUAAUAUGAAGUUCGUUGAUGCGGGCAGACAUUUCAAGUGCGCCUUCUGUAAGGCUACUACUGAAGUGCCGAUGGAGUACACGCAGUACAUCAACAGCAUGCAGCAGUACGGGCGCGUGCCGGCGGAGAUGGCGCUCGGCGCCUACGAGAUCGUCGCCACCAAGGAGUACUGCAGGAACAACACUCUGCCGAACCCGCCGGCGGUGGUGUUCGUGAUCGACGUGUCGUACAACGCCAUCAAGAACGGCCUCGUGCAGACCGUCUGCGAUAAUAUUAUGGAUAUUAUUGACGCCAUGCCACGUGACGAACAAACGGGUAAGAGUUGGACCCGCGUCGGAUUUAUCACAUACAGUUCUACCGUGCACUUCUACAAUAUCAAGGGCACCCUAGCACAGCCUCAGAUGCUGUCAGUAGGCGACGUGGGCGACAUGUUCGUGCCUCUGCUGGAAGGCUUCCUCGUCAGGCCGGAGGACAGCGGCGCAGUGCUGACCUCCCUGCUGCAGCAGCUGCCCGUCAUGUUCCGGGAUAACAAGGAGACUGAGACUAUACUGUUGCCGGCCGUGCAGGCUGGUCUAGAAGCUCUGACAGCAGCGGACACAUCAGGCCAGCUGCUAGUAUUCCACACAUCGCUGCCGACGUACAACGCGCCCGGCAAGCUCGCCAACAGGGAGGACAGGAAGCUGCUCGCCACCGACAAGGAGAAGCAGAUACUCGCUCCUCAAACGACAGCAUACAACGAGCUGGGCCAGUCGUGCUGCGCAGCCGGCGUCAGCGUGGAGCUGUUCGUGUGCAACAACGCGUACGUGGACGCCGCCACCAUCGGCCAGCUGCCCCGGCUGACUGGGGGACAGCUGCACAAGUAUACUUACUUUACGGCGGAUCAAGACGGUCCCCGGCUGGUAGGCGACGUGCAGCGCGUGGUGGCCCGCGCCACCGCGCACGACGCCGUCAUGCGCGUGCGCACGUCCACGGGCGUCAGGCCGACGGACUUCUACGGACACUUCUUCAUGUCCAACACUACUGAUGUCGAGCUCGCCGCUAUCGACGCAGACAAAGCAAUAGGCAUAGAAAUAAAACACGACGACAAGCUAACGGCUGAAGACGGAGUCUACAUCCAAGCUGCCUUACUGUACACCCACCGGUCAGGACAGAGACGCCUCCGGGUGCUCAACCUGGCGCUGAAUGUAGCUCACCAGCUCGCUGACGUGUACCGCAGCAUGGAGCUCGACACAUGCGUCAACUUCCUCACUAAACAGGCUGUGUGGGCACUCCGUGAACACAGUCCACGUUCAGUUCGCGAGACACUCUCCCAGCGCUGUGCCCGCUCGCUGGCGGCGUACCGGCGGCACUGCGCAUCGCCGUCGUCAGCCGGCCAGCUCGUGCUGCCCGAGCCCAUGAAGCUGCUGCCGCUGUACACCAACUGUGUGCUGCGCUCUGAUGCUGUGGCAGGAGGUCCAGACAUGACAUGCGACGACCGGUCGUGCGCGAUGUACCGAGCGCUGACAGCGGACGUGGCGACGUCGGUGGUGUACACGUACCCGCGCCUGCUGCCGCUGCACCGCCUGCCCGCCAGCCCGGCAGCGCUGCAGCCGCUCCGCGCCUCCGUCGACAAGAUGAGCGAGCAUGGCGUGUACUUACUGGAGAACGGCGUGCACAUGCUAAUAUGGGUGGGCUCGCAAGCUGAUCCUGCGUUCAUACGCGACGUGUUCGGUGUGGCGUCGCCUGCGCAGGUCGACACACAGGUGUGCGAGUUGCCGGAGCUGGACACGGCAGCCAGCCACGCUGUCCGCGCGGUCAUCGAAGACGCUCGUAUACGCAGGCGCACUAACAUGCGGCUGUCGCUAGCCCGCGAGGGUGCCCCGACCGCGGCGCAGCUCCGGGCGCUGCUCAUCGAGGACCGCGCCCUGGAUGGUUCGCCAGGCUACAUCGAGUUCCUCAUGACCGUGCACAAGACUGUGCAGAAGAUGCUCUAACAACAAUGCGACAACACGACAAGCUAGAAACCGUUCUUCGCCACUUCCUCGUCGAAGACCGCGGUGUGGACGGCAGCUCGUCCUACGUGGACUAUCUCUGCCACAUACACAAGGAGAUCAGAGCGCUGCUAUAGCAUUUGUCCGGCUACUACUAAGACUUAACGCUCACGUCACUGUAGGACACGUAAUCGGACCAAUUUUUUGUAGGACGGUCCUACAAGACACGUGGACGUUCCACUAUUGUUGUCUGUGUCCUACAAAAAAAUUCUCACCGAUUUAUCGGACGUGGGCGGGCGGCCUAAAGCUGUGGUACGCCUCUACAAUGAUACACACUUUUAUCUGUAGUAGGUUUUGUAAGAAUUCGUUUGGUAACACCCUGUGUAGUGUAGCUAUGAUGGCUAAGUGUUUUCGAAUAAUUUGUGUUUAUUAAUUAUUAAAUGAUUUGUUGAGUUAUUGUAAAACGCUAGCAAAAGCAAUGUUAUUGUAUAUAAAUUAUGUAAGUGUGUGUAGAGAUAAGUAAAUAACACACAUGAGCGAUUUAUAUAAAAACUGCUACAUGUAAAAGUGUUUCGCAUUCGUAACUUGUAUAGUUGUGAAAUAAAUGAUUUUGUUUUGAACUUGUUAGUAUCAAUGCUAUUUUAAAAAUACUGUUUGAGAUUUCUACUAAACUACUAAGCAGGGUUGCCAGUAGUGAAAAUUUAUGAUAUGGUAGUUUUAAGCGUGCGUUUUGGUGAUGGUUCAAAAUGUAUAGCUUCCAAAAUUAACAUAUGAUAGAAGGAAUAGGACUCGAGCACAUUUGAGAUUUUGUCGUGUAGGGACAUUCUGUAUGAGCCCUUAGUCAAUCGAGUAUAAGGUGUUUUGUUAUUGUAAACGUCCAAGAUCUAUGCGAAGAUCAGCAUUUAAUAAAAUACUAGUUCUUCACAAUUGUUCCGUUAUAAUACAAAUUACAAUUCAGACUAGGGUGGGCAGAAGUAUACUUACAAUUAGAUAUAACCGCCAUUUUCUAGAAAUCUAGAACUACUUAGGAGGUCCUGUUUUUGAAAACCUAGGUGAUGAAUUAGUGCUUUUCAGUACCCCCAAAUAAUUAGAAUUGUGCAUAAAUGUAUUAUAUGAAUUGGAGUCUCGCAACGUUAGGUAAAUGGGGGAAAAAGUAUAUAAAUAAAGUCGAUAAAUAUUUAUGAAAAAUAGGAACUUAAUUAGUGUUUGUUAACGAUUUCUACAAAGUUAUUAUUGAAAGGCUGCCACAGCCAGCACCGAGUUAUUUAGACCGAGUUUCGGUCUAGAUAUAGAUCUUCACGAGGCAAAUGACAUGUAUGUUAAAACUUACGGUGAGUUGCACCAUUUAACUAUAACGAUAACUGAACCAUUUUCAGCUGUCAAUUCGCCGAUUUGGCCAAUGGACGGCAAGUAUGUUGUCCAAUCUCCGAUUUGACCAAUGGGCGGCAAGUAUACGGCUGGUUAUGGUUUGGUUAUCGUUAUAGUUAAAUGGUUUAACUCACUCUUAAUAUAGGAAUGUACAGACUUAAGAUGUUAACAGAGCAUUUUAUACGACUCCUAAAUCUUAAAGAAUUGCGCUUUGAAGAAGUCAAUAGAAUUAUGUUUUUCUACUUAAACAUAUAGGGAGUUAUUGAAAUUACUUUGUUAAGGCCUAUUCUGAUGAAUAGAAAUAACUUUUCCUUUACAAUAUAGAAGUCUUGAUAGAAAUAAAAAUGAAACCAAGUCAUAAAACUUCCAUUUGUAGUUUUUGUAUUUGUAUCACACGAAGUAUUACGAUUAUUUUCUCAAAUGGCAAUACAUAGUCAUACAUUCCCUUAUAAAUACAUUGACGAAAUAGCCCAAAAAGGUUCAAAUAGUUACAUGUUUUACUAACUGCAGGUUGAACUCACUAGAUAUUUGUGUGUGUGUUAUCAUGAGAAAUGAUUUGCUAUACCUAUCCUAAGGAAGAAAUUAUGACCAUCAAAAGUAUUUUCAAAACUGCCAAGUAAUUUAAGUGUUGCCACAGAAAAAAAUACAAUUUUGAGAAAAAAAAUUAAGUUGUUUGUAAUCGGAGUAGUUUUUGUUUCCUACGAUAUUAAAAUUAGUUAUAUUUUAUGUUUAUUGGAAUGUAUUGUAAAUGUAAAUAAAAUAUGGCAUUAUUUAAUUUUUAUUUGUUCUUAUUUUUUAGAUUAGUCAUGAUGCUAGUUGAUUUCCGAAUUCUUUUUUUGGUGUUGAAUAUAGCAAUAAACCAUAUUCGCGAUUAAAAUUACAAAUAAAUAAUGAUUUCGAAAAUUAACUCGCAUCUUUUGAAGACAACAUAUAUAAUAGUAUAUUUUUUUAUCUAUAUCCUUAGAUCUAGAAGCAAAGGAGGCGUCUCACGAUUAUAGAAACAUAAUAUCACAAUGAAAGAUCUUGCUAACAUUUUACACGACAUAGACAUAUUCCCCACACCAAUCAUCACUGCAUUUUGAUAAAGUUGUCAGUCAUGUCAGUAGUAGUUAGUACUGAAUAAAUAGAAAUUACAAUACUGAAGUAAGAUCCGUAGUAGCCUGUUAUAUAUAUAAUGCCAAAACUUGCAGAGCUCAAAUUUAUUUAGCUACAGACCGCUUGCACCGUAAAAAUGCUCGAUAUAUGUAUGAUGCAAGAUGUUACUAUUGCUUUUAUAAGAGACAUUAUUACUUCUGAGGCACAGAUCCAUAAAAUAAAGGUUCGUAUCAGUAGAUCCGCAUCUUUUGGAUGUUAAUUAAUCCAGGAACAUGAACGUUUUAUCAUAAUGCGGUGAGUACUCCAACCUCAGGCAAUAAGCAGCCAAAAUAAGCAAUUUAUCGUCAAUAAGCAACUAUCUUCCGUUUAACAGUAGUAUAGUUAACCUCGGGUUAGAGAGUCGAGAUUUGUUAAAUAGUGUAUAACCAAGAACUGUAUGAGCGUGUAAGUUUUUCAUAGUUAAUAAAGCCUUUUGUA